CCACCCACCUCGCCCUGCCCGCCCAUGGCCGACUGUCGCACUGGGUGGGAAAGGAGGUCCAUGGCACUCUGUUUCUUGCCACAAGUCUAGUGCGUGCCUUGCUGUGCUGCCCGAGGCCCUCCCAGCUCCUGGGUUUGUUUCUUCCACUGGUGUUUGUCAGUCUGCUGCAAUGGCGACCAUGGCGCGGUUCUUGCUCCUGGUGGCCCUCUUUGCUGCCGUGGGCUCGGCUGUGACAGCGGCGGAGCAAAUGGAGAGUAGUAGCCCGGAGGCGGAGGCGCUGCGGGAGUUCAAGAGCGCGCUGGUGGGCAUCGACGGGCGCCUGCCGAGUUGGGACGACGCGGCGGGUGGCGACGGGCCGUGCCAGUGGCCUGGCAUUACCUGCUCCGCCGCACGCGAGAUCACGGGCGUCACGCUCCACGGGCUCGGCCUCAGUGGCGCGCUCUCCGCCGCCGUCUGCGCGCUCCCGCGCCUCGGCGUCCUCAACGUGUCCAAGAACGCGCUGUCCGGCCCAGUCCCCGCGGGGCUCGCCGCGUGCCGCGCGCUCGAGGUGCUCGACCUCAGCACCAACUCCUUCCACGGCGCCAUCCCGCAAGAGCUCUGCGGCUUCCCGUACCUCCGCCGCCUCUUCCUCAGCGAGAACCUCCUCUUCGGGGAGAUCCCCGCCGGCAUCGGCAACCUCACCGCCCUCGAGGAGCUCGUCAUCUACAGCAACAACCUCACCGGCGGGAUCCCAGCGUCCGUCCGCGCGCUCCAGCGCCUCCGCAUCGUCCGCGCGGGGCUCAACGACCUCUCCGGCCCGAUCCCCGUCGAGAUCAGCGAGUGCGCCAGACUCGAGGUGCUCGGGCUCGCGCAGAACAGCCUCGCCGGGCCGCUGCCCCGCCAGCUCUGCCGGCUCAAGAACCUCACCACAUUGAUCCUCUGGCAGAACGCCCUCACCGGCGACAUCCCGCCGGAGCUCGGGAACUGCACGAGCCUCGAGAUGCUCGCCUUGAACGACAACGCCUUCACCGGCGGCGUCCCGAGGGAGCUCGGCGCGCUCUCUAUGCUCCACAAGCUCUACAUUUACCGGAACCAGCUCGACGGCACCAUCCCAAAGGAGCUUGGGAGCUUGCAGAGUGCUGUGGAGAUUGACCUGUCGGAGAACAAGCUCGCUGGAAUCAUCCCCCGUGAGCUUGGGAACAUACAGACCCUCCGGCUGCUCCACCUCUUCGAGAACCGCCUGCAAGGUGGCAUCCCGCCGGAGCUCGGCCAGCUGAGUGUCAUAAGAAGAAUAGACCUGUCCAUCAACAACCUCACCGGCGCAAUUCCCAUGGAGUUUCAGAACCUCACUGGCUUGGAGUACCUGCAGCUGUUCGACAACCAAAUCCAUGGUGCCAUCCCUCCUUUGCUGGGAGCCAGCAGCGCACUCUCGGUGCUCGACUUGUCGGACAACCGGUUGACGGGUACCAUCCCCCCUCACCUCUGCAGGUACCAGAAGCUCAUCUUCUUGAGCCUGGGGUCGAACCGUCUCAUCGGUAAUAUCCCUCCGGGUGUCAAGGCUUGUAAGACCCUGACGCAGCUCCGGUUGGGAGGCAACAUGCUAACUGGGAGCCUGCCCGUCGAGCUGUCACUGAUGCAGAAUCUCUCGGCGCUUGAGAUGAACCAGAACCGGUUCUCUGGCCCGAUACCGCCUGAGAUCGGCAAGUUCAGGAGCAUAGAGAGGCUGAUCUUGUCGGAUAAUUACUUUGUCGGACAGAUGCCUGCUGGCAUUGGCAACCUGACGGAGCUUGUCGCCUUCAAUAUAUCAUCGAACCAGCUCAACGGACCGAUUCCCCGGGAGCUGGGAAGGUGUACAAAGUUGCAGAGGCUUGAUCUCAGCAGAAACUCCUUCACCGGCCUCAUUCCUCAGGAGCUCGGCACAUUAGUGAACCUGGAGCAGCUGAAGCUAUCUGACAAUAGUCUGAAUGGUACCAUUCCAAGAAGUUUUGGAGGCCUUGCCCGGCUCACAGAGCUGCAGAUGGGAGGCAACUUCCUGUCUGGUCAUGUGCCGGUUGAGCUUGGCAAACUCAAUACCCUCCAGAUUGCUCUAAAUGUCAGCUACAACAUGCUAUCUGGGGAGAUCCCAACUCAACUAGGGAACUUGCGCAUGCUGGAGUACCUGUUCUUGAACAACAAUGAGCUUGAAGGAGAGGUCCCUUCUUCAUUCAGUGAACUCUCAAGCCUUAUGGAGUGCAACCUUUCUUACAAUAAUCUUGUUGGGUCACUUCCCAGCACUACGCUGUUUGAGCACCUGGACAGCAGCAACUUCCUUGGGAAUGAUGGUCUCUGUGGUAUCAAAGGCAGAGCUUGUCCAGCUUCGUCAAAGUCAUCCUAUGCAAGCAGGGAAGCAGCAGCGCGGAAGAAGCGGUUUCUCAGAGAGAAGAUCAUCAGCAUUGCCUCCAUCGUCAUCAUAUUAGUUUCGUUGGUGCUGAUUGCAGUUGUUUGUUGGCUUUUAAAAUCCAAGAUACCGAAGCUUGUAUCCAGUGAGGAGCGCAAGGCUGGGUUCUCUGGUCCUCACUACUUUCUCAAGGAGCGAAUAACCUAUCCGGAGCUUUUGAAAGCGACCGAGAGCUUCUCAGAGAGUGCUGUCAUUGGAAGGGGUGCUUGUGGUAUAGUUUAUAAGGCUGUCAUGCCUGAUGGUCGGCGAAUUGCAGUUAAGAUGCUCAAAUGUCAGGGAGAAGGCUCCAAUGUAGACAAAAGCUUUCGAGCCGAGAUAACUACCCUUGCAAAUGUCAGGCACCGCAACAUCGUCAAACUAUAUGGUUUCUGCUCCAACCAGGACUCCAACCUUAUACUGUAUGAGUACAUGGAAAAUGGUAGCCUUGGAGAGUUGCUUCACGGUAGCAAGGACGCGUACCUGCUGGACUGGGACACCAGGUAUCGUGUCGCCUUUGGGGCUGCUGAAGGCCUACGAUAUCUUCACAGUGAUUGCAAACCAAAGGUGAUUCACCGUGACAUUAAGUCCAAUAAUAUACUGCUCGAUGACAUGAUGGAGGCUCAUGUGGGAGACUUCGGUUUGGCAAAAAUUAUUGACAUUUCCAACAGCAGAACAAUGUCCGCUGUAGCUGGUUCAUAUGGUUACAUUGCCCCAGAGUAUGCUUUCACCAUGAAGGUUACUGAAAAGUGCGAUAUCUACAGUUUCGGGGUGGUUUUGUUGGAACUAGUGACCGGGCAAUGUGCAAUUCAGCCUCUUGAGAAAGGAGGAGAUCUUGUCAAUUUGGUGAGGCGGACAAUGAAUAGCACGGCACCAAAUUCGGAAGUUUUCGACAACAGACUCAAUCUGCACUCAAAGAGGGUUGUGGAAGAAAUGACUCUGGUACUGAAGAUUGCAUUGUUCUGCACCAGUGAAUCACCAUUAGAUAGGCCUAGCAUGCGAGAAGUGAUAUCCAUGUUGAUCGAUGCUCGAGCCUCCUCUUGUGAUUCAUUCUCAUCUCCAGCAUCGGAGCCAGCUACCGAAGAUGAUUCUCCUUUAAAGGUUUAGAGGCAAACAUCUUCAAGCUUUUACCACUCAUCUAUCCAGGGAGUAUUCAAUGAUUAAGUUGAUAGCUGAAGACCAUUUAGUGUAUGUCCUGAGCUUCUGGAAGCCGUCUCUUUACAUGGCUUCCCGAUGAAAAAGGACAUCAUCUUUCUGAUUUCUGAGCAAGAUAAAGUCCCCAGGCAGGUGGGCAAUCUCUGGAUUUAACCACUGGUUGAAGCAUUUGAGGUUGAAUAUUCUGACUUCAGCUACAGCUCUUCCAGUGGAGGCAAAUAAUUCAAGCUGUUCAUGGGACUCCCCAGGAUAGGUAGAUAGGUUCAGGUCUGAAAGUUAAACAGAUCCACUGGCCUAAGGAUGAUACAGUAGGAUUAGCACUGCAUUGCACAUAUUGCCAUAUGGUACGCGCUUCAGAAUACUAAUGAUAGCAACUGGUCAAGAUUCUGAACUAACUGAAGAUAGCUCGCUUGCCUUUUAUGGUACGCGCUUCAGAAUACUAAUGAUAGCUGUAAUGUAGACUGUAAAAGGGAAUACAUUACUCUUUUUUUGAAUGGUAUGUAUUCUCCGUAUAUAAUUAACAUGGAGAAUCUCACUAUUUAGGCA